AUGACUAUCAUCCCCGCUUUGCUGGCUAUUGCCUCUCUGCCUCUGGCAGAUCUCGCUAGUGCAGAACGAGUCUUGGGCGCGUACAUCUUCCAACGCCAUGGAGACCGCACAGCUAAAGCCCUUCCACCUGCCAAGUUGACGGACCUUGGUUACAAUCAAGAAUACAUGUCCGGCAACUUUUUCCAUCAACGGUACAUCUCAGCCAGUUCGCAGAAUCAUAUCGACGGCAUUAGCUCCAGCGUCGUCAGCUUGGCUCAAGUUAGUGCCAGUGCACCCCAGGACACUGUCAUUCAACUCUCCGGCCAAGCCUUCCUGCAAGGCCUCUACCCACCCAUCGGUUCCGCUGCAAAUGAAACUCUUCGCAAUGGAUCUGUUAUUUACUCUCCCAUGAGCGGUUACCAGCUCAUUCCCAUGGCGGAUGUCCAGUCUGGCACCGGCAGCGAAGACAACACAUGGCUCCAAAGCACCUCCGAAUGCAGCAACGCAGAGGUGAGCAGUAACGACUAUUACUACUCAAGCUCGUACCAGAAGCUGCUCUCCAGCACAAGCGCGCUGUAUCAGUCUCUGGCAUCUGAUCUGAACAACACCGUCUCUACGAGUGGUCUCAGUUUCAAGAAUGCAUUCACCAUCUGGGACUUGCUCAAUGUUGCGUCGAUUCACAACGCCUCUGCCAGCAUCCCCUCCGACCAAGUGAUGCAGGAGCUUUUGGUUUUGGCCAACACUCACGAGUUCAAUCUCGCAUAUAACAGCUCAGAGUCGAUUCGCUCAGUGGCGGGCAUGACGCUGGCAGGCGAAGUUUUGACUGCCCUGAACCAGACUAUUACCUCUGGCGGCAAGUCCAAGCUGACCAUGCAAUUUGGCGCAUACGCAUCCUUCCUGGCUUACUUUGGCCUGGCCGGGCUCACAAACAAUGUCGAAUUCACUGGUAUGCCCGUUUAUGCUUCUUCGAUGACAUGGGAGCUCGUCACAAACGCCUCUGGCACUGGAAUCCCCGCGGUGUCAGAUAUCAACGUCCGUUUCUUGUUCCACAACGGAACGAGCAUUGACGGCUCCACUCAAUUGCAAGCAUAUCCUCUCUUCGGACAAUCCGAGGUGGAGAUUCCAUGGACGCAGUUUGUCGACUCUACCAACAAGUUCGCAAUCACCUCCCAGUCACAAUGGUGUCAGGUUUGUGGAAACUCCACUGGUAUCUGCAGCUCCAGCUCUGAUAGCACUACCAACACUCCGUCAUCUGAUUCUUCGUCCCAUGGAAUGAGCCUUGCGGUUGCUGGCGUCAUUGGUGCCAUGGUCACCUUGGGUGUUCUUGCGGUCUUGACUGCACUGAUCCUCCUGGUGUUCAAUCUCAGACUAGUACGCAAGAGUGUGCUGGCUCCUGUUGGCCGCGGAUCAGAAGCAUCUAUCACGCCUGUUCCUUCUAAGGCCGCUUAA